AUGAGUGCUGAACAGGUUGGGAGAAAGAAGUCGUAUAGAUGGGUAAGCGCAUCUCAAGCUAGUUAUGAUGGCGCUGGAUGGGACAGCAGUGACGAAUAUGACUACUCUUCCGAGGAUGGCACAAAAGGUGCUGGAAGCCACAAGAAAAAGGUCUCGAAUUUACCUAGUCUACCAAAGCUCAAUUAUACAGAUGUUAGUGACGAAUGUGACGAAAAUGCCGGUGAAAAAAAAGGCAGUAAUGAUAAUGAUGCCAGUAAGAGCGAUAUUAGCCAUAGUGAUAGGGAGGCAGACGGGUUCUCGGAUGAGGUGCCUAGCCUUAUGGGUUCAAGAGAGUCUGUAGAUAUGCAAGCAAAAAAGUCUAGUGACCACUCUAAAUCAGAUUAUCUUUCGUCAACGGCAUCUUUGAAAAGUCCAAAUGAAAAUAAAAAAAUGCCACAUACAAAUAGGGCUGUAAAUGAAGACCUAGACAAUUUGAUUGAGCAGAUAUCAAAGGAAAUGACACCAGAAAUUAGGCAAACAUCCGAUUUCCAGCGUGAUUCAGAUAGUUGUGACGAAAUCCAAAACGAAGCACCACCACCGACAACAGUACCCACUUCAUCGUCUCCUGAAGAAGAUAAAGAAGCUCAUUUCGUAGAUGUUACAAUGGACACUAAUGAAGGCGGUACCACCUUAAAGACAUCGACAAAGAAUGGAAAUGAAUAUUUAAGUAAUGAUGAGGAUGUUUUUGAGCAAAAAGACGACGAGUUUAAAGUAUCCGAAACAGGUUAUCUUGCAAAUAUGCUGCCUGCGGAGAAAGAGGAACAUUUGGAACAAGAUGAUGAUCGCAAAGUUGAGGGCUCGGGUGCUUUGGAAAAGGAAGGAAAAAGUGAAGAAGAAGCCAGUAUUAGGAGUAGGAAUUCUACCGAAACCUAUGAUACAUCUAGUAGACGAAACAAGGUAGUGGAGCCGAAAUAUGCAACAAAGGAAACAAAAAUUAGCGAUAAUGGAUAUCGUAACUCUUUUUUUAACGACUACCAGCAUUCGUCAGAAUCUGAAGGAGAUACAAAGGACGAAGAUAAUUGUGAUAGUAGUGAUGAUGAUAGAUCUUUACCGAUUAGCGAUGAACAUACCGAUAUUAACCAACAAUCGAAACAACUUGAUACAACUGACGAUGAUGCAUUAUCGUAUACCGAAUCUAUAAAGUAUUCAACAAAUGAGACAAAAGAAGAAGAAAAAGAAGAUAAUGAAUUCGCCGAGCACGAUAAUGAAUAUGCAGAUAGUUACAAAUUUUCUGAUAGGGAAAAGGGUUCUAUUGUACUUACGAGUGACGAGGAGGAGGAAGAAAAAGGCAUGAGCUCCGAUUCAGAUGAAGGUAGUCUUAAAGCACCGAAGUCAGGUUAUUUCUCUAAAAUGAUUAGUAAUGAUGAUAAGAGCUCAAUCAAUGAUAAUACAGAAAAUUCAACAUUGAAGCACAAUCAGGUAGAUACCAUUCAAAAUUCUAAUUCGUUAAAUAGCGAUUCUGGGUCAGAAAAGAGCAACAGUACCGAUGAGGAAGAUCACGUAAGUGAAGACAAAGUUUUAGAGGAGAAUCCAGUAAAAGAUUCCACUGAUGUUGAUUCUUGGAAGCCAGAUAGUGAAGCCUUACGGUCAGGCUUUGUACAGGAUACAGCAAAUAAGAAAGCGCCGCCAGGCUACGUGAUCGAUUCCAAUGGGAAGUUAGUGGACUUAACACCUGCUAGUAUGAAACCGCGUGUCGUAUCAACUUAUUCGGAGAUGGAGAGUACGUGGGAUGCAUUCCCUUCAAAAGGUGAGGAUGAAGAUUUGGAGACAAUCAGGGACACUAAGACUAUAUACGACAACAACACGAUUUAUAAUGUUCCCGGUUUGAUUGGCAAUCAAUCAAACAUGCCACCUCUACCGAGGGACGCACAUGAACAAUUGAAUGCAGGAAACGACGAUAUUACGACAGAUAAUAAUAAUAGCAACAAUAAUGCCAAUGAUCUGGCGGCACGCAAUGCAUCUUUGAAAAGUGAAAGCAGGACAGCAUCUCAAGGCGAAAUGACAAGUGUUCAUGAACCCAGUACUGAAGAAAUGGCAAAAUUGGGGCAGCAAAAUAACUUGCCAAAGUUAGAUAUAAAUAAACUACUGAAUAGUAAGACGCCGCAUGCAGGUAGGAUAGACCAGUUGAGGAAUUAUAAGCGUGAGCUAGAUGAGUACGAUACGGGGAUACAAACGUGGAUAAAUUAUACAUUAAAAUCCUCUUCCAACAAAGAUAAAGAUUUCAUAGCUGAGGAGUACAAGCAGCAUACCCAUGUCAGGGAAGCAUAUGCAAAUGCGGACGAUUUGAGUAAGAAGCAUACCGUCAUUAAUACAGUCGCUAGUGUCAACCAAAAUGUCACGCACCUAAGGAGGAAAGUUUUCCAGCACUCUAUGAAACCAAAGGAUUUAUUCGCAUCAAUAGGUAAGAAAAAACUGUGA